AUGAUUAAAGCUACUUCAACAAUUCUACUGCUAAGUUUGGCCGUCCUGGUCGCUUCGGAGCCACUGCGGCAGAGAUUUGUACCGCGACGUGGGCUCGCACGGCAGGAGCAGGCAGCGCUACCAAGUCCUGCGCCCACAGGCUACCCAGAGGCAGGUGUUACUCCCGAAGUACCCUUCGAGCUGCCAAGCUCAACUGCUCAACCGGAAGCGAGAUAUCUGCCUCCAGAUAAUACCUAUGGACCGCCCGACAGCGUCUAUGGCCCACCCACUAGUGUGGAUGAGCAGCCGCAACUAGACGACUUGCCCGAGCCCCAGCCGGAGCCUGAACAGGCCAUCGAAACGGACGACAUACCAGAAGAAGAGACCCCUGUUGAUGCCAAACAGCAGCCAGCCGAAGAUGUGGAUGAAGAGCCAGUGCUUGUGCAAGUGGCCGAAGAUGGCACCGUGAUUGCUGUGUCCACGACACUAGACCAGCCCGACGAUAAGAAACCGGCCAGAAUCUAUCAACGUUUCCCACAGGCUCGCCGCAGGCAGCAGCCAGUGCCGGAGCGCUUGGUGCUGCGUCGCAGCUGGUAAAA